AGACACUGAACUCUUGGUUUCCCUCUGACUCCGCAGCAGGCCGAUGAAACAUGAACUGGGCGUUCCUGGAGAAUGUGUUGAGCGGGGUGAACAAGUACUCGACUGUGGUCGGACGGGUCUGGCUCUCCAUCCUCUUCGUGUUCCGCAUCCUGGUGUACGUGGCCGCCGCCGAGCAGGUGUGGAAGGACGAGUUCAAAGACUUCGUCUGCAACACACAGCAGCCGGGCUGCGAGCAGGUGUGCUUCGACCGCUUCUUCCCCAUCUCUCAAGUGCGGUUAUGGGCCAUUCAGCUGAUCACGGUGUCCACCCCGUCGCUGCUGGUGGCUCUGCACGUGGCUUACAGGGAGCACAGAGAGAGCAAGUACAAGAGGAAGCUGUACCAGGACAAAGGCAGCAUCGACGGAGGGCUGUUCUUCACCUACAUCACGAGUCUCAUCCUCAAGACGUCCUUCGAGGUGGCCACUCUGCUGGCUUUCUACUUCCUGUACAGCGGCUUCCACGUUCCCCGCUUGCUCCGGUGUGACGAGAGCCCCUGUCCCAACACAGUGGACUGCUACAUCGCAAAAGCCACCGAGAAGAAAAUCUUCCUUUACAUCAUGGGCUGUACGUCUAUACUGUGCAUUGUACUGAAUGUGUUGGAGAUGAUGUACAUCAUAUGGAAGCAGUGCUGGAAGUGCUUCAGUAAGAGGUACACUCCUGUGCACGAGAGAAGGCCUCCGUCCACCCUCACUCUCGGCUCACCGCUAGCCGUGUCUAAAGAGGAAGGCCUUCAUUCUUCACCAGCUGGAAUGGAAAGCCCAAAGCUUGCUGCUUCAUGAGCACGUGGGCUUUAUUAAUGCAAGCUACACCAGUUCUUCUUUGCUGAUGGCUCACAGACAGCAAGGAAUCACAAGAACAAACUACAGUCACGGAGAGCUACAGUAGCAUAACAAACA